GUUAAACAUGGACGACUUUCAUCAUGCAAGCACAAGGUCCGAUUUGGCUUUCGUUUCGUGCCUUUGAGUCUUGACGAGACAUCUACUGCAGCGUCAGCUCUUGCGACUACUCUGCGGCCAUGUAGCACCGCCUACAACCAGCAAUGGCUUCAUUCAAUCCUUACAGCUACAUUCAAUGCCCAUGCUACGAUUCUGCGAGACGCACGCGUUCGUCCGAAGACACACCCUCUCCCUCUACAGCAGGUGCACCCGACGAUGACGAUCAUGCCUUCGAUCCCCGUGCUCCUAGGUCGAGCUACAGCUUGUACCCCAUAGAAUACCUUCUGUACUGCGUCGACUGCAACCAAAUCCGCUGUCCGCGUUGCGUUUCCGAGGAGCUUGUGACCAUCUACUGUCCCAGCUGUCUGUUCGAGGUCGGUGCUAGCAGCGUAAAGACCGAGGGCAACCGAUGCACCCGUAGUUGCUUCCAAUGUCCGGUCUGUGUCGGUCCCCUCGCCGUACAGUCCCUUGAGCCAGCACCGGAAGCCUCCCAUCUCACGGCAGACAACGCAGCACCGCCAGCACCCGGCCCCUGGGUUUUGUGCUGCUCAUAUUGUAAUUGGAGUUCGUCCGAGAUCGGCGUCAAGUUCGACAAGCCUCAGGGCAUCUUUGGCCAACUGGCCAAGAUACGCCAUGGUGAUGGGAACAGCGACAUCCCGGUUGCAGCUGUUGAUGCUCUGCCAGCGAGAAAGGAUGCAGAGGUCGAUACAGGUUCCGCCAAGUCACGUUUUGCAGCCAUGAAAUCAUUCUAUCAAUCUCAACUCGCCAACUCCAACACCAGUUCUGGCAGUCUAAGUGGAACUUUGGGAGACUAUGGAUAUGGUUCUCCCACGGCACUCUCCCGGAUCAUGAGCCUCUACUCGGGUGGAGGAAGUAACGUGUCUACCACCAAGACAAAGAGCAGACCCGCAGUCAUGCGCGAAGCUGAAACGUCAAAGGAGGGCUUUCGGCUACCUGAUCUUGACGAGGCUAAUUCUAUCUCGGACCUACGACAGGCUGGCUUCGAUGGCACAGUCACGCAAUCCCAAGCCACCUCCCAAGUUGAACAGGGGGCCCGAUUCUCUGAGGAUCUAUGGCCCAUUCCUCACCUGCUUCGCUCCAAGAGGGCCAAACGAUGUCCUGCAUGUCGGCACAUCCUGAGCAAGCCAGAGGCCAAGGUGAACAAUACGCGGUGGCGCAUAAGGCUGGUGGCUGGAGGCUUUAUCCCCUCCAUCUCCAUCAAACCCCUCAUACCUCCUGGAGCCCCUGCGGUUCCCUCAACUUUCCUCACCCCUAUGAAACCUACGCAAUACCUGCUCACAUUCAAAAACCUCAUGUUUGACCAGAUCAAGGUUAGUCUGGCUACGCCCAAUACCACUCCUGGCCGGUUUGCGUCACGAGUCACAGUACUCUGCCCUCAGUUCACCAUCGAUGCCAAUUCGGAUGACUAUGACAUCAAUGAGGUCCUCAAGGAGGAUCGUGUGCGACGUGACCGCGCGGACAGCAUGCAUCAAGCUGAGCCCGGAAAGGUCUGGGAGCGCGGCCGCAACUGGGUCAGUAUUGUCGUCGAGGUCAUACCGGCGUCCCUCAACAUCGAGCACAAAUCAGUUCUCUUAAAGAAAGCCGGCGAGUCUGAGGGAGACGGCCCCUUGAGAGAGGAUGAGGAUGUACUAGAGAUACCCAUGUUUGUGAGACUGGAGUGGGAGAGCGACCCCACCGGUGACCAUGUCAGUGCUCCGGCGGGCAAGGACAAAGAUGGAAAAGAGAAGAGAGAGCUGGCGUAUUGGUGCGUGCUUGGGAUUGGAAAGAUCAGUCAGGAAUAGACUGGAUAAUGAUAGAGACAUGAUACCCCCUUUUUAAGAUAGACAACAAAAGCAUUCUACACGUUUUUAAAAAAACACACUUACGAGUAGCUAAGUAUUUAGCACCGGUUGAUGUAGACAAUUAUUGGUUUGUUGGGUGC